AUGCAUCCGGCAACUAUUCUGCUACUCGCGAUCCCUGCCCUAGCCCAGCCCAAUGGCCCUGGCUCUAAGUUCAAACGAGACUGCAUCGGACCUGACGUCAAUGACCAAACCAUCGCCCUGAUCAAGCACUUCGAAGGGUUCUUUCCUCGUCCUGCUCCAGACCCAAUCGGCCUUCCAACAGUCGAGUACGGCCAUCUCUGCCGCACAAACGGGUGCUCUGAAGUCCCCUUUUCGUUUCCCCUGACCGAAGAGACGGCUACCGAACUGCUCAUGCAGGAUGUCAAGGUAAGGACAUAG